GUUAUUAUUCAGUUCGGUCUGAUGCUCUGAUCUUUUUAAUUUUAUUUAAUGUUUAUCUCACAAUAAAUAAUUCAUUAUUCUUAUAAUUGAUAGAUUAUGUCUCAGAGGAGUAUUACAUCAUUUUUCAACCGCAAACCUGUUCCUAAGAAGACAGAUGAUGAGGAACUUUCUGCAAAAGAAGAAAGCGGUGAUAAAAAGGAAAUUAACAAGAGUCCUUCACCGAAAAGUGGAAAAAGAAAGAGAGUCAAAGUAAUUUAUAGCAGUGAUGAAGAGGAGGAAAUCAAGAAAACUAGCCCAGAAAAAUCUCCUGCAAAGAAGAAAGUUAAUGGGAUAUCAGCAGGGGAAAUCCCUGAAAAAUCCAAAAGUGAAGAAAAUAUAAAAUCUGAAAAUGAAAAACUUGAAUCGCCAGAGGAAAGAAAACGAGCACAUUCACCUUUGUUGGAUUUUUCAAAAGAAGAUGGAAAACCUAUCAGAAAAACUGCUCCUAGAACCUUACCCCCGGGCAAUACUCUUAGUCCCAAUAUCAAGAAAAUAUUGGAAGAGAGAGGAUGUUUUAAAAGAAAAUCUAGCACUUCAGAAGAUAAAAAUGAUGACGAAUCACUGGAAACAGACAUUAAACCACUUCAAGAAAAUAAGAGUCAGGAAGAAAAAAUGGAAAGUAGCCCCCCUAAAAAGGUGUCUGAAGAUUCAGAGACCUCAGCAUCAAUAUCAUCGCCUGGUGGAGAAAGUUCAAAAGAAAGCAAGAAUUCUAAAAGUAGUUCAAACGACAGUAAAACUAAAAGAAAGAAACAGUCACCAAAAUCAAAGUUAAGUAUGUUUAAGAAUACAAAAUCCUCUACAUUAUCACCUAAAGUUAAAGAAGAGAUUAAAUCAGAAAAGAAAGAGGUUAAGGAACCUAUCGAAGAAACAGAAAUAAAUGCAAAGGAUGUCAAAGAAGAAAAAGGUGUCGAAGAAGAAAAAGAGGUAAAAAAAGAGAAAGAUGUCAAAGAAGAGAAAGAAAAUAAUUCUCCUAAGUCAAACAUCACUUCAUCAGACUCUUCAGUAAAGAAAAAAGAAUUACUUUCAUUCUUUGCCCCUAAGAAAGACAAAGAUGGGAAGGCCAUUCCCCCACCUCAAGAUCCAGGCGCUAGCUACAACCCGGCAAAAAGCAAAUACCACCCCAUAGAUGAUGCGUUUUGGAAGCAUAAAGACAAAGUUCCGUACCUGGCUUUAGCUCGGACGAUGGAAGAGAUUGAGAAUGUGAGUGCCCGACUCAAAAUGAUUGAGAUUCUGUCGAACUACCUUCGCUCAGUGAUCGUACUUAGUCCUGACGACCUCUUACCUUCCGUCUACCUGUGUCUUAACAAGCUCGCUCCGGCCUACCACAGUCUGGAGUUGGGUGUGGCUGAAACCACUAUGUUAAAGGCUAUAGCUCAGAGCACUGGUCGGUCCAUGGCUCAGAUCAAGUCAGACGCUGCUGCGGCGGGAGAUCUGGGCAUUGUGGCUGAGCAAAGUCGCUCUACGCAGAGAAUGAUGUUCAAACCUGCUGCUCUUACAGUGCGCGGAGUCUUCGACAAACUCAAGGAGAUCGCGCAGAUGACUGGACAAGCGUCGAUGGGAAAGAAAGUGGACAAGAUUCAGUCGAUGUUUGUAGCCUGUCGCUAUUCGGAAGCCCGGUUUUUGAUUCGAUCCCUCGCUGGAAAACUCCGCAUCGGGUUGGCUGAGCAAUCGGUUCUUCAGGCGCUAGCCUUGGCUUGUGUGACGACACCUCCAGGUCAAGAAUACCCUCCAGAGACGAUUGAUGUGGCGAAAUCAAUGUCUGCGGACUCAUUCAAGUCAAAACUUGACGAAGAAGCCCUUAUUAUCAAAACAACAUAUUGUGAGUGUCCCAACUACGAUUUGAUCAUCCCGGUUAUCCUGUCGGAGGGUGUCAGAGCGUUACCGGAACAUUGCCGCCUUACUCCGGGCGUCCCGCUCAAGCCUAUGUUGGCGCAUCCGUCCAAAGGAGUAUCGGAAGUGCUACAGCGUUUUGACGGCCUUCGCUUCACCUGUGAGUGGAAGUACGACGGAGAGAGAGCUCAGAUUCACCUGGGUGAAGAUGGCAAGGUGAGCAUCUACAGUCGUAACCAGGAAGACAACACAGGCAAGUACCCAGACAUAGUCAGUAGACUGCCGAGUUGUCUGGGGCCGAAGGUCAAGUCUUGUGUACUGGACACGGAGGCCGUAGCCUGGGACAAGGUCAACAAACGGAUACAACCCUUCCAAGUCCUCAGUACUAGGAAGAAAAAGGAUUGUGUGGAAAGCGAGAUCAAGGUGCAGGUGUGCGUGUUCAUGUUUGACUUGCUCUACCUCAACGGAGAGUCGUUGGUCAAGAAACCGUUGGUCGAGCGCCGAGAACUACUCAGAGAGAACUUCCAAGUAGUCGCGGAACAGUUUGAGUUUGCGACCAGUCUCGACACCAGUAUAUUGGAGGAGAUGCAGGAAUUCCUCGAGGGAUCUGUCAAAGGGAACUGCGAAGGGCUAAUGGUCAAGACAUUGGAGACGGAUGCUACAUACGAAAUAGCAAAGAGGUCCCGCAAUUGGCUCAAGUUAAAGAAGGAUUACCUGGACGGCGUCGGGGACACUUUGGACCUGGUGGUGGUGGGGGGAUACCUGGGGAAGGGGAAGAGGGCGGGGGUGUACGGAGGAUUCCUUCUGGCUUGCUACAACCCUGACACUGAGGAAUAUCAAACGGUCUGCAAGAUUGGUACCGGCUUCAGUGACGAGGCAUUACAAAAACAUUCCGAGACUUUGAAGACAUCCAUUAUUCCGAGUCCUCGACCGUACUAUCGCUACGACUCCGGCCACGAGCCCGAUCACUGGUUCGACGCAGCGCAAGUUUGGGAGGUCAAGUGCGCAGACUUGUCUUUGUCUCCUGUACAUCACGCUGCUAUUGGCAUCGUCGAUCCAGACAAAGGCAUUUCGCUGAGAUUCCCUCGGUUUAUGAGAGUGCGAGAGGACAAAUCAGCGGAAGAAGCGACAUCUGCGCAACAGAUUGCAGACAUGUACAAAAAUCAAGACCAAAUAAAAAACCAACAGGAUUCGAAUAAAGUGGCUGAAGAAGAUUUCUAUUAGUGUUAAGUCUAUUGUUUAGUCUAUUGAUGUAAAUAUAUACAUUACUUUAAAAGUACAAAUGCAUUUUCACUGUAUGAAGCUAUAA